AUGACUGAUCUUGGAUUGAUGCGCUACUUUCCGGGCAUAGAAGUGAUUCAAUCUACAGCUGAAAUCUUUAUGUCCCAAAAGAAGUAUGUUCAAGAGAUUUUGGACAGGUUUCAAAUGAAGAAUUGCAACCCUGUGACUACUCCAACUGAAUUUGGAUUGAAGCUCUUGAAAGAUCCCGAUGGAAGCAAAGUGGAUAGCACUCUCUACAAGCAAAUUGUUGGAAGCAUAAUGUAUUUGACGGGGACAAGGCCAGAUAUCAUGCAUGAUGUGAGUCUUAUAAGCAGGUAUAUGGAGCACCCAACAGAGUUACAUAUGCAAGCUGCAAAAAGGAUUUUUCGUUAUUUGCAAGGAACUAAGAGUUUUGGGUUGUUUCAUAAAGAAGGGGCAAUGCCAGAUUUGUUUGGAUUUACAGAUAGCGAUUAUGCUGGAGAUGUUGAUGAUAUAAAAAGUACUUUCGGGUAUGUCUUCAUGCUUGGUUCAGGGGCGGUUUCAUGGUCUUCAAAGAAACAAUCAAUUGUCACUUUAUCAACAACUGAAGCAGAAUUCGUAGCUGCAACUUCAUGUGAUUGUCAAGCUAUUUGGCUAAGGAAGAUUCUCGAAGAACUUCAGUUCAAACAGCAAGAAGCAACUACUAUCUAUUGUGACAGCAGCUCAGCCAUCAAACUCUCCAAAAAUCUGGUUCUCCAUGGGAGGAGCAAGCAUAUAGAUGUGUAG